AUGGCACCUCGCUACUCAAGUGUUGCCAUCAUUGGCGCGGGUCCCUCAGGGAUUUCGGCCGUCAAGGCGCUUAGCGAUGAAAAGGUCUUUGAUAGGAUACAACUAUUUGACAGGAGAGAAAAGGUCGGUGGGACAUGGAUCUAUGAUGCAGAGCCAGAACCCUUUUUACCGCAUUCCGCCCAACCUGUCCGGGACAUACCCAAAAAGUUCCCGCAAUCCUUGCCAGCUGCAUCUGAGAACGUCACUGCUAGAACGGGCAUAUACCCGUCGCUUGACAGCAAUGUGGGCUCUCAAGUAAUGGCUUUCACCUACAAGCCGUUUCCGUCUGUCCAUUCCGCAGUCUCGAUCAACCGUUUCGGAAAGGCAAACCCGACGCAUCCAUGGGAGAAGGUUACUGGCUACCUUGAGGAAAUCGCGGAGCCGUUUUCACAUUUAAUCACACUGAACACUCACGUGGAGCGGGUAGAAAAAGUAGGGAAGAAAUGGCGACUGACCCUCAGGAGGACGCAGUACUACCUGAAGCAUGAAAAGAGGGACUACUGGUGGCAGGAUGAAUUCGACGCUGUGGUUGUAGCCACUGGUCACUACGGCGUGCCGUUUGUCCCGAAUAUCGCAGGGCUCAAGGAGACGUUUGCUGCGCUGCCAAAUAGAUUUGAGCAUUCCAAAGCGUAUAGAUCUGCCGACGACUAUUUCAACAAGAAAGUCGUCGUCGUCGGCGGUAACGUCUCCGCCUCGGACACGGUUUCCGAGAUUCACAGCAUCGUCUCUGGCCCCCUCUACGUUGCACAACGGGGGUACAAUGAAAUUCUGAAAGACGCAUGGGAGCUUCCCAAUGUGGUUCUAAAACCUGAAAUCACCCGAGUGGCCGUUGACGCAAACAACCUCGUCAGGCUUACCUUCAAAGACGGCACCGAAGUCGACGGAAUCGAAACGGUCCACUUCGGCACCGGUUACCGGCUGUCUUACCCAUUCUUAGUUCCAGACCCCGUCACCCCCAGCGGUAGACUGUCGGGUUUCUUCCAGCACGUUUUCAACAUCUCAGACCCAUCGCUCACGGUCGUCGGACAAGUCAAGGCGGCGAUUUCGUUCCGGGCUUACGAGUACCAAGCCGUUGCGGUAGCGCGGUAUUUUGCCAACCGAGGUGGGGGUCUGCCCUCCCCACGGGAGCAGGAUGAGUGGGAGGUGAAGCGGCUGCAGUACAAGGGUCCCACGUCGCAGUUCCACGAGAUCAAGCCUGACUUCAAAGAGUACUUCAAUUUCCUCAAAGAGGUUGCUGGUCCUCCUGCUCCAGGAACUGAUGCUUAUGAGUUGCCUGCGUGGGAAGACGAAUGGGCGGUUCUGGGUUUCGGCGUGUUGUCGUUGAAGCAAAAGUGGUGGAAAGAGUUGAAGGAAAGAGAAGCGAAUAAGAAGCAGAUCCAAGCAAAGCUCUGA